AAUGCGUGAUUGAAACUUAGCUUUAUUUUCUGUAGGAGUUUUGGGGGGGAUUUUCUGUUUACAAUAAUGCCGACCAGUUGCGCGGCCUACGGGUGCACGGCUGUGUACAACAAGAACACCGACACCAGCUUCCACAGGUUUCCCAGAAACCCCAGGAGGCGGAUGGAGUGGAUCCAACUUGUUCGACGGGAAAACUUUCAUCCGACCAGCCACACUUUCCUUUGUUCCAAGCAUUUUGAGCAAACCUGUUUUGACCGGACAGGACAGACUAGACGCCUGCGAGAAAAUGCCGUCCCAACGAUAUUUGACUUCCCUCCGCACGUUGAAAAAAAGUUAGCAGGCAGAAAAUCCCUCCUGAGUUCAAUGGGCAUCAGUAUCCCGCAAACACCAUCCUUCGUUAGCACUGGUGAUAACACCAGCAUUAGUGCUAGUACUAGUAACAGUACUAGCAGCCAAACCAGCAGCGGCAUCAAGGGAGUGUUCGAAGAGCACAGUUACUGUUUGGCAAAUCCGGCUGAAGCCAAGAGGAAGAUAUUCCAGUUGCUAGACGAAGUGGAUUACCUCAGACAGCAAGUAAAGAUCAGCAGGCAGCGAGAACGCCGUGUGGUCGAGAAGUGGAAAGGAAUCUCCAACCUUCUCAUGGAGCUAAGAGAGAAAAAUAUUUUGCCUAAUGACGAGGAACCAGAGCAUAUUUAGGCCGCCUUAAGUGACAAAUCUCUUAAAAAAUCCAUCAGGUCAUUGAUGUUGACCAGAGCAAAUGAUACUGUGGCCCAGAAGAGACAGCUUGUUUCACUUUUCUGUCCACUUCCUUUCAUGCUUUUCAACAACCUUAUACUCACAUUUUAAUUUAUUGGUUGUUUAUCAGCACAUAAUUCAUGAUGAUGCACAUUGCAUUCAUUGACUUAAAAUGUGGGGAACAGUGUUACAUGGAACCAGUGUUUGCAUUGGCAAUGAAUUAUGCACAGAAACAUAGUCAGACAGGUGCUUUAUCAUGGUUUGUCAGAAGAUAUUGGACAGUAAACGCAAGCCAUGUCGCGAUAUUUUUAUUUAUUGUGCCCCAACAAACAGCCAACCUGAAAAGUGCCUUGACGCCAGCCUCAUAGCCCUUCUAAACCACAGAGAUGUUUUUUUAAAUUUCUAUAUCACUGUUCCUGUCUACAAUUGCCAAUUCGUGCUCAAGAAGCUUUAUGCUGCAGACAUGUGCAAACUACAGACUUCAUCUGAUCCAGGAUUCUUGUGGAGAGCAGUAAAAGAGGGAAUUAUUCAGAACUCCCAUGAAAUUCCACAGAUUUGCAGUUGAAAGAGACCCCAACGAAAGGCUUGUGACAGCUUACCUCCCCUCUCAGCAGCAUGUUAGCCCCUUGAGUCUGCUGACUGCCCCGUGGUUAAUGCAGCUGUUAUAAACAUGAAGUUUGCCGAGUCUU